GGAAGCACAGGAGAAGCCUCCAUGUUUCAGCUGCCCAUCUUGAAUUUCAGCCCCCAGCAGGUCGCCGGGGUCUGCGAGACUCUGGAGGAGAGCGGGGACGUGGAGCGCCUCGGCCGCUUGCUCUGGUCGCUGCCCGUCGCGCCGGCGGCCUGCGAGGUCCUCAACAAGAACGAGUCGGUGUUGAGGGCCCGGGCAGUCGUCGCCUUCCACACCGGCAAUUUCCGUGAACUCUACCACAUCCUGGAGAACCACAAGUUCACCAAAGAGUCGCACACGAAGCUGCAGGCGCUGUGGCUGGAGGCGCACUACCAGGAGGCGGAGAAGCUGCGGGGCCGCCCGCUGGGGCCCGUGGACAAAUACAGGGUGCGGAAGAAGUUCCCCCUGCCCAGAACCAUAUGGGAUGGAGAGCAGAAGACGCACUGCUUCAAGGAGAGGACCCGGCACUUGUUAAGAGAAUGGUAUUUGCAGGAUCCCUACCCGAACCCCAGUAAAAAGAGGGAGCUUGCACAGGCUACAGGACUUACACCCACACAAGUAGGAAACUGGUUUAAAAACCGCAGACAAAGAGAUAGAGCAGCGGCUGCGAAGAACAGGCUCCAGCAGCAGGUCCUGUCCGGCGGCUCGGUUCGCUCCCUGGCGGACGAUGACGGCACCGUGGACCGCCUGGGGAACUCCUCCAGCCCGGAGGCCAGUCUGUCCAGCAAAGCAGCCGCCUCGGCCAUCUCCAUCACCUCCAGCGACAGUGAAUGUGACAUCUGACGGGCAGAUCGACGGCGUUGAUGAAUUAAAGGCGGAUACGAGUGAAAGACAAUCCGAUACAAACAAGUCCUAGUGCCUGCGUUGAGUACAAAAAACACACACACACACACACACACACACACACACACACACACACACACACACACACACACACUAUUUGACGGUUGCCAAAACAUGAGGGGAUCUGUGAUCUAUGGCGGACUGCCGGUCCUUUUCCUUUCAGGCCUACAUUUUUUGGGGGGGCGUUUUACCCAUGUGUGGAUAACAACUUAAUAUGGACGAAACCUAUUUGACGGACUAAUAAACCAACGCCCCGAGAUGAAAAGAUAAAAGAAGAAGAAGAAAAAAUAAGAAAAAAAGAGGGACGAAAGCAUUCGAUCGCCUAACCUGCUGUUCUCUGUGGGUAUUUCAUGUUGAAAAAGAACUGUGAUAUUUUUACUUUACUUUAAAAGUUUUAUAAAUAAUGUUUAUUUGCUUAUUUAAAAAAAGAUCUGCUGUCUCUUCGAUUUUCAUAUUCAUUUGCUUGGUGUUUUUAAUACUUACCUUGUGCACAGGUGAACCUGUUGAGCAUGCGCGCUUUAGUGGAAAAUGUGUUUCAGUAAAAGAAAAAAAGUAAAGAUAACUUAAUAAAACAAUUGUUGAUCAAGAGA